AUGGAGGCCCUGAACAGCAGCAGCACCCCGGGGCCCUUCGAUGGCCCGCAGUGGCCGCACCAGGGCCCCCGCGGCCUGUUCGUGGCCGCGGCCGUGCUGAUGGCGCUGCUGGUGGCCGCGGCCUCGCUGCUCAACGGGCUGGUCAUCGCCGCGUCCCUGCGGCACCGCCGCCUGCGCUCGCCCCUCAACCACGUCCUGCUCAACCUGGCCGUGGCCAACCUGCUGGUGACGGCCUGCGGCAGCUCCGUCAGCCUGGCCAGCAACAUCCGCGGCUUCUUCGCCUUCGGGGAGCGCCUCUGCCGCCUCGAGGGCUUCAUGGUGUCCCUGACGGGCAUCGUGGGGCUGUGGUCCCUGGCCAUCCUGGCCGUGGAGAGGUACCUGGUGGUCUGCAGACCCCUGGGAGAAUUUCGGUUCCAGCACUGGCACGCUGCCACUGGCUGUGCCUUCACCUGGGGCUGGUCCCUGCUCUGGACAACCCCACCCCUGCUGGGCUGGAGCAGCUACGUGCCUGAAGGGCUGAGAACCUCCUGCGGGCCCAACUGGUACACGGGGGGCAGCAACAACAGCAGCUACAUCCUGGCCCUGUUUGUCACCUGCUUUGUGAUGCCCCUGAGCCUGAUCCUCUUCUCCUACACCAACCUGCUGCUGACCCUGCGGGCGGCUGCAGCACAGCAGAGGGAGGCAGACACCACCCAGAAGGCAGAGAGGGAGGUGACACGCAUGGUGGUGGCCAUGGUGGUGGCCUUCCUCACCUGCUGGCUGCCCUACACCACCUUUGCACUGGUGGUGGCCACCAACAAGGGCAUUGUCAUCCAGCCAGCCCUGGCAUCCCUGCCCUCCUACUUCUCCAAGACAGGCACUGUUUACAACCCCAUCAUCUACGUCUUCAUGAACAAACAGUUCCAGAGCUGCCUGCUGGAAAUGCUGUGCUGUGGUCACCACCCCCGGGGCAUGGGGGAAACCUCUCCAGCUGCCCCCAGUCCCCAGGUGGCUGCAGAGGGGCUGAGGAACAAGGUGACACCAUCCCAGCCCGUGUGAUGUCCUGCCUGCAGCAGUGCCAGCUCCAGGAUCUGCCUGUGCCACCCACAGCAGCACACAGGGCUCAGGGGACAGCUGGAGGGGGGCUCUCAGAGCUUGGAGAGGUCCCCAGCAAAAAAAAUAAAUACAUGGCAGUGUCCUCUUGCAGGCAAGGUGCCAUCCCAUCACGGGAGAAAAUGCAGAUUUUCAUUGUUUCACUCUCCUAAGGAAUCCCCUCCCUCCCAGCCCCUCACCUUGGAGUCUUUCAGCAACACAAAAUAAGAAAUGAGCUGGAAUUUUCCCUCAGUGCACAACAUCCCAGGCUGUUUUUUGGCCCAGAGUCAGGUGGAACAUGGUCUGUCACCAUCCCCAGUCUGGCCAAGCCCUGCCUGCUCCUGCUGGGAAGUUCAGGGAUGCUGUAAAUCUGGCAAAAAUCCAGCAAGAAUGU